AUGCCGGUUGUGCAAACAUCGUUAUGUGAGGGUUCGGGAAUCAACUUGGCAGGAACGGACGGAUGUCAGGGAUCUUCUUUGAACCAAGCAGCCACGGUUAAACCUUUGUCAUAUGCAGAUACGGUAACUGCAAAUAAUUCUAAGAAGGUUAACUUUCGAGCUCUUGCUAGUUCCGUGAUGCAGGAUGGGUGUGAUGUUGUUUUGCCGAGGGAAUCGGUGCGUGUUAUGAGUGAUAAGUUGGCAAACACUUUGUAUGGGUAUUUUUUGGGAGAUCAUUUUGCUUUUCCUGUUGUUGAUUACUUUGUGCGGAAGAAUUGGAAGAAUUACGGCUUAGAAAAAACAAUGAUGAACGCGAAUGGGUUUUUCUUUUUUAAGUUUAGUGAUGAACUUGGUAUGUUGAAUGUUCUCAAGGAUGGUCCGUGGAUUAUUAAAUCCCAACCGAUGUUUCUGAAUAGUUGGACGCCAACAACUAAACUAGAAAAGAAAGAGGUUAAGAAGGUUCAAGUUUGGGUUAAAAUUCAUGAGGUCCCUAUUGCGGCUUAUACGGAAGAUGGACUUAGCCUGAUUGCAACGACAAUAGGGGAGCCAAAGAUGCUAGAUUCCUUUACUGCUUCUAUGUGCACGGAUUCUUGGGGCCGUAGUAGCUAUGCUAGAGCAUUGAUGGAAAUUUCGGCUGACAAAGAACUGCGGGAAGAGGUCACAAUGGCUAUACCCGAACCGGAGGGGGAGGGUUUUGUUAAGGAGACUAUGUACGUGGAGUAUGAGUGGAGUCCGUAUCGGUGUGCCAAGUGCUGUGUGUUUGGUUAUUCAAAUGAGAUGUGUCCGAAACAACCGUUGAAAGAAACUAAAGUUCGAUAUGAGAGUCAAAAGCGCAAUAACCAACAAAUUAAACCAACAAAAAAGAUGCCCACUGUUGAUCAGGAUGGAUACACAGAAGUGUAUGGGAAGAAAAUGGCUCGUAGGGUUGGAAUUCCUGUUAACAAGCAAAAGUCGAAAUUCGAAUACAGACCUGUGGGACCGAAACCUAAGGGGGACGGUAACAAUGCCUCAAGUUCUAAUACUUUCAGGUCUAAUAAUCCGUUUGAAAUCCUUAAUGCUGUUGAUACGAGCUCGGGUCCAAGUAAUUCGGGUAGGGGCCCAGACGAUUCAGAUGAUGAUGAUGUUACGAAGGUUUAUAACGAGAUGGAUGACUUUAUGAUGAAUGGUUCACUGAAUAUUAAUAGUAAAAAAGGGGCAAGCACUCCUUCUCUUGAGGUUAAAGAUGAGGUUCGUCAGGCGGUGAAGGAUUAUAAUCUCAGUUUGUGUGCUAUAUUGGAGUCUCAUGUUGAUAUUGGUAAGCCUGAUAAAGUUUGUAAGUCCGUUUUUCGUAAUUGGGAUUGGACAUCUAAUGGGGCCAAAUGUGUCAAAGGUAUAAGAAUUAUUAUUGGUUGGAACCCAGCAAUUUUUGAUGUCGUGGUGUUAGAUCAAUCUGAUCAGGUUAUGCAUCUCCAGCUUAUUUUUAAGCUAGACAAGCGAAUGGUGUUUUGUUCUAUUGUGUAUGCGGCUAAUUAUUAUGUUUCUCGUAGAAGUUUAUGGCAAAAUCUUUCUAUGCACAAAGUUUUAGUGGGCGAUGACCCCUGGUUCGUAAUGGGUGAUUUCAACUCGGUGCUGAAUCUGGAAGACAAAUCCAUGGGGGCUUCAUCGAUCUCGGUUGGCAUGAAGGAUUUUCAAUCGUGUGUGGAUGAUAUUGAGAUGUUUGACAUUAAUAGUUCGGGAUUCCAUUUUACGUGGAACCAAAAACCAAAGAAGGGCGUUGGAUUACUAAAGAAAAUUGAUCGCGUUCUAGGAAAUACUCAGUUUGUGGCUCUUUUCCCGCGUGCAGUUGCUUUAUUCCACCCGUAUAGACUUUCAGAUCAUUGUCCAAGUAUCCUAAAAAUCCCGGAAGCUGGUAAAUUGAAACCGAGAUCUUUUAAAUUCGCUAACUUUCUGGUUCAUAAACCAGAAUUUCUAGAAAUUGUCAAUCGGGGUUGGAACACUAGAAUUAAUGGAGUGCACCAGUUUUGUGUAGUUAAAAGGCUUCGGCUUCUCAAGAAGCCACUUCGAGCUUUACUCUUUAAACAAGGUAACCUGCAUAACAAAACCAAAGAUCUCCGGGUGAAACUUGAUAGUCUUCAACAGUCGAUUGAUCGGGAUCCCUCGAAUGCGGUCCUUCGAGCUGAAGAAGUUACCAUUAUGAGUAGUUAUCAAGAAGCUUUACUGGAUGAGGAACGCUUUCUGAAACAGAAAUCAAAAGUUGAUUGGUUGCGAGCGGGUGACAUGAAUACUGCUUUUUUCCACUCUUCAUUGAAAAAUAGAAAUCAUCGUAGCAGGAUUGAGGUUAUCCAGGAUUCGGUUGGAAAUGUUUUCGAAGGAGACAGGGUCCAUGAUGCGUUUGUUAGCCAUUAUGAAAAGUUUUUGGGCUGUGAAGGAGACAUCUCACUCAACCGGCGCCAGAUUUAUUUGCUAAAAAGCUGA